AGGAAGGAAUGGGGCAGACCUUCUGCAGAAAAUGCUGUCCAUGCUGUUCAUGCUGUCCCUGCCACCAGGAACCACCUGUGCCGCAACCUUUCUCAAAUCUGGACAUCACAAAUCCCCAAAUCAUGAAACCACCCGAGAGCACAUUCCAAUCAUUUAUCAAAACACACAUAGAGGAGCCAACCAGAGGGGAACAUGAACCCAUCAGAACCCAACCACCCACCAAACAGGUCUUCGGCCUCAGAAAGGACAACAUGCUGGACGGUGAGGAUAACCGAGGAUUUGUAGGGGGACCCAACAUUUCUACUACUUCAAGAAACGAACCUUUUACUUAUCUACCCCCAAGCAUUAUCAAUGAAAUAAGAACCCCUAAACCCAAGACCAACCCUGGGUAUACGCAACCAGAAAAAACACAAACAUCAAGUACCAUGACAUGGGACAGCAGUGGUGGCAUCCUGAGCAGAACCAACAAGGUCUCAACCUACAACUAUAAGCCACGCUCAUCCCAAGACCUGGACAUAAAGAAGGGGGUAUAUCUGGAAGUUAUCGAAGAGCAAGGAGAGUGGGUGAUUGCACGAACCCUCGAUAGCAAUGGAGAAAGCAAAACCGGGUACAUCCCCAAAACCUUUCUGGCCAACGAGGGAAGUCUUGAGGCAGAGGACUGGUAUUUUGGAUCCUUGACAAAGCUAGAUGCCAAGCGUUACCUCAUGCAAGAAGAUAACCGCACCGGCUCAUUCCUCUUGUGGCAGAAGGUGGGAGACUGCUAUUACAUUUCAGUGCGCCUGGAUCAGUUGGUGAGACAUUACAGAGUCCAUCAGUCUAUCGACGGCCUUUUCUAUCUAGUUGAAAGAGCUUCAUUUCCCAGUCUUAAGGAUCUAAUCCAAUAUUAUCUUGAACAAUAUGACGGACUGUGCACCAAACUGGAGACACCGUGUGUCAAGUUGGAUCUUCCUUCAGUGGACAGCAUUUCCCACACUACUGUAGACCAACUGGAAAUUGAUCCCAGCUCCAUACAGAAGGUCAGGAGGCUGGGCAGCGGCAAGUUUGGCACAGUGUGGCUGGGAUUGUGGAACAAAACCACAGAAGUAGCGGUCAAGGAACUACAUGUCACAGCUGAGUCCCUGCAGCAAACACUGUAUGGCGAAGCAGAGACAAUGUGGAAACUGAGCCAUGACAAGCUGCUGAAGUUAUAUGCGGUGUGUCUGCAGACCAAGCCUGUCUUCAUAGUCACCGAGUACAUGCCACAAGGAAACCUCAAAAAAUAUCUGCAAGAUCACCAGAAGGAGAAGGACUUGCCCUUUCCCCAGCUGGUGGACUUUGCUGUCCAGAUUUGUCAAGGAAUGGACUACAUGGAGCGAAAGGGCUGUGUCCACCGAGACCUACGUGGUGAGAACAUCUUCUUGUCAGCCAUGAUGUCCUGCAAGAUCGGAGACUUUGGCCUGGCACGUUUCCUUAACAACUCCUCCAACGCUGUCUCUGCAGAUGCACAGCUUCCGAUUAGGUGGACAGCUCCAGAGGUUUUCCAGAUGCAGAAAUACACCACCAAGUCUGACAUAUGGUCCUAUGGGGUUUUGCUGGUGGAGAUCAUCACCUACGGAAAAAUACCCUUCCCAAAUAAGACCAACCUGCUGUAUUGCCAGGAUAUAAAGAACAGAAAAGCUCUGCAUCCUCCUGCUGAGAGCCCCGACAACCUCUCCUACAUCAUGGGGAUGUGCUGGAGAUAUCAGCCUGAAUCCCGACCCUCCUUCUGUGAGAUUGAGCAAUUCCUCUUGGAUCUUCUUAAUCCCGCACUGGACGAUGAUGUGGUGGAGUGAGUGCACAUGGAUAUCCUGCUGAUGUGCAGCUCAUAUUACAGACUAAGGACUCCACUGGUGGCCAUUUCAUAUAUCAACUUAUGGCUGGUCCAUACAGGCUUGAUGGCACACACUUAAGACCACUAUUUAUAUGAAAUAUAUAUUAUCAUAUCAUAUACCUCCGCACAGUGGGGUGGAUUGAUUAGUAUUGAGACAGAUGGGGGAACUGAUCAGUGGAUUGAUGAGCUGUGGGGUGGAUAAAUGAGUGUGGUGGAUCGAUGAGCAGUGUAGUGAACUGAUGAGCGGAGGGUUGGAUAGGUGAGCAUGGUGGUAGAUCAAUGAGUGGUGGGAUGGAUCAAUGAGUAAUAGUGUGGAUUCAUGAGUGGUGGACUGAUAAGUGGUGAGAUAGAUCGAUGAGUGGUGAGGUGGACUAAUGAGUAGUGAGGUGGAUUGACAAGCGAUAGUGUGGACUGAUGAGUGGUAAGGUAGUUUGAUGAGUGGUGAGCUAGUUUGAUAUGUAGUGAGGUUGAUUGAUGAGUGGUGAAGUAGUUUGAUGAGUGGUGAGGUAGUUUGAUGAGUGGUGAGGUGGAUUGAUGAGUGGUGAGGUGGAUUGAUAUGUAGUGAGGUUGAUUGAUGAGUGUCAGGAUAGAUUGAUGAGUGUUGAGGUGGAUCAAUGAGAGAUGAAGUGGAUUGAUGGGUGAUAAGGUGGAUUAAUGAGUGAUGAGGUGCAUCAAUAAGUGGUGAGGUGGAUAGUUGAGUGGUGAGGUGGACUUAUGAGUGUUGCAGUGGAUUGACGAGUGGUGAGGUAUAUUGAUGACUGUUGAGGUGGAUCAAUGAGUGUUGAGGUGGAUCGAUGAGUGGUGGGACUCUCUGAUGAGUGAUGAGGUGGAUCGAUGAGAGGUGGGACUGUCUAAUGAGUGAUGAGGUGGAUUAUUGAGUGGUGAGCUGGAUUGAUGAGUGGUGAGGUGCAUCAAUAAGUGUUAAGGUGGAUCGAUGAAUGAUAGGGUGGAUUGAUGAGUAGUAAGGAGGACUGAUGAGUAGUGAGGUUGAUUGAUGAGCAGUGACAUGCAUUGAUGAGUGUUGAGGUGGAUCGAUGAGUGGUGAACUGGGCUGAUGAUUGGUAAGGUGGAUCGAUAAGUUGUGAGGUAGAUCGAUAAGUGGUGAGGUGGAUCGAUAAGUGGUGAGGCAGACCGAUAAGUGGUGAGGCAGACCGAUAAGUGGUGAGGUAGAUCAAUAAGUGGUGAGGUAGAUCGAUAAGUGGUAAGGUGGAUCGAUAAGUGGUGAGGUAAAUCGAUAAGUGGUGAGGCAGAUCAAUAAGUGGUGAGGUAGAUCGAUAAGUGGUGAGGUAGAUCGAUAAGUGGUGAGGUGGAUCAAUAAGUGGUGAGGUAGAUCGAUAAGUGGUGAGGUGGAUCGAUAGAUGGUGAAGUGGUUCAAUAAGUGGGGAUGUUGACCUAAGAGUGGUGUGGAGCAUCAAUAAGUGGUGAGGUGAACUGAUGAGUGGAUUGAUGAGUGGUGAGGUGGACUGAUGAGUGGAUUGAUGAGUGGUGAGGUGGAUUGAUGAGCAGUGACAUGCAUUGAUGAGUGGUGAGGUGGAUCGAUGAGUGGUGAACUGGACUGAUGAUUGGUGAGGUGGAUCGAUAAGUGGGGAUGUUGACCUAUGAGUGGUGCGGAGCAUCAAUGAGUGGUGAGGUGGACUGAUGAGUGCAUUGAUGAGUGGUGAAAUGGAUCUAUGAAUGGUGAGGUGGAUCAGUGAGGUAGUAAAGUGUGAAGAUGUGGUUUGUGAUCAUUUGAAUUUCAUUUUGUAUCUGUUCAUUUAAAUUUCAUUUCAUGACCUGUGAAUGCAGGUGCAGGGAGUAAGGCUUUGUCUGCAUAUUUUCUUGAAGUUGUUUUGGGAUUCUGAUUCACUGCAGACCUGGGAACUGCCGCUCCGAGGUCUGGGGUGAUAGCAGAUGAACAACACGUACUGUACACAGUGACAAUUAUGGAGCGCAUGCGCUGGCUAUGUUCCACUAGGGAAUGGAACUUUUUGUUUAAUCUGUAUAAAGCUGUAACCCUUCAGGAAAGAAGUCAGAAGCUCAUCCUACGAG